AUGAUUAAAAGACGAUUUCAUAAUAUAUCAAGAGUCUGUAAAUUUCAAACUCCAAAAGAAUAUAUAAAACAACAGAAUAUACAAGCAAAAGAAGAUUUACAAUUAAAACAAGAUUUACUAAAUACAAAUUUUAAAUAUGAUCCAAAAAUAUUAUCAUCGAAUUUACCAAAUAAACAACCAAUUAAUCUAGAAUUAUUAAAUUAUAAACCUUUAAGAUUACCUAAAACUCAUGGAGAUAUAGUCGCAGAUUUAGAAUUGAAAAGUUAUGAUGAAUUAGAUUUAAAAAGAAUUGGUGAUUUUGCAUUAAGAGUUGGUUAUUAUCUUGGUAUUCCAUUAUCACCAUUAACAAAAUUAAAAACUGAAAAAAGAUUAUAUACUGUUAUAAAAUCACCAUUUGCUCAAGCUAAAUCAAAACAAAAUUUUCAUAGAAUUACUUUUAAUUAUAAAAUUAUUGCCUAUGAUUCAAAUCCUGAUAUAAUUGAUUUAUGGUUAAGUUUUAUAAAUAAAUAUAAUUUUAAUAAUGUUAAAUUACAAACUAAAAUAGCAUCAUAUGAAAGUUUAGAUUAUUUAAAAGAAAUACAACAAUCAAAUCCAGAAUAUCCACAAGCUUAUCAAGGUUUAGAAGAUCCAGUGGCAUUAAAAGUUAAAGAAUUGUUAAAUCUGGAAGAAUUCAAAAAACACAUGUAA